GAGUUGCGUAUCUUCUUUAUCUGACAGAAACGCAACCUAACUGUAACAUAACAUAACCUAAUUGUUCCCGAUUGUUUGUUAUCGAAUUAUUUUAUUCAUAACAAAUACUUUAGAGUGGAUAUAUCCAUAUUAAUUCAAUGGCAAACGAUAGGGAAGUACUCCGGGAAAUUUGGGAUGGAAAAAUUCCAGUCUGUUUCACUCUCAAUUCCGAGGAAAUCUGCGAUUUACAAGGACCAGAUCCGUUUUAUCUAAUGGUACCUAGGUUAAGUUACUUUCCAUUAUGUACAGAGAAGGUACGAAAGCACUUUAUACGACACAUACAAGGUGAUAGCAAACAAGAGCAUGAGAUGUGGUUGGAAUAUAAUGGAAUGCCAUUAAAGUGGCAUUAUCCAAUUGGUGUUUUACUAGACAUUUAUUUCAAUGACAUUCAAUUACCUUGGAAUAUUGUUGUCCACUUUGAUAAAUUUCCAGAGAAUGUUCUAAUGCACUGUCAAAACAAAGAAGUUGUAGAAGCCCAUUUUCUUUCUUGCAUAAAGGAAGCUGAUGUUCUGAAGCAUAGAGGCCAAAUUGUCUCUAGUAUGCAAAAAAAAGACCAUACACAGCUAUGGAAUGGUAUUAUGAAUGACAAAUUUGAUCAGUUCUGGUCUGUGAAUGGUAGGCUUAUGGAAACCAGUACUGAGGAAGGAUUUAAAUAUAUACCUUUUCGAUGUUAUACGAAUGAAGACAAAUACAUACAGAAACUUGUAAAACCAACGAAUGAAGAAGGCCAGAGAAAGACUUUGAAGCAUUUGUUAAAUGAAGUGUUCCCAGAUCAAGAAAAUGUUGCAGUGCGCACCCAUGGCAUUGUACCACCUUCAGAAACACCGCUUCAGUGGAUGUCAGAGCAUUUAAGUUACCCGGAUAAUUUUCUGCAUUUAAUCGUGAUUACAUCGUAACGUAUAUUGAGGAACAAGUAAUUUCAUUAUUAAGUGACAAAAUAACUUUUUUGUAAUUUUUGUGGAAUAUUAUGUACAUUGCUUAUGUUUUAUAUUAUAAUGUAUUUAUUUUAUGAUAAGCAAUAGGAGUAAGUGCAAAUACCCAAAAUAUUUUCGACACUUAGUUUGAAUUUCUCUGAGCCAAGUCAAGAGAGAAGUUCUACGAACAUACCCGGAUUCGACUUGAAUUUUGUGAGUACUCACACAUUCUUAGAUAUUAACUGAGAUGUAUUAUAUUAUAUGUUUGUUUUUGUUACAAAGUAUAUUUUAUAAAGCGAUUGUGACAAAUAGUCUCAUGUGGUAAAUGAACACAUUAAAAAAUGUUUAAACC